UGCCUGUAAUCUCAGCUACUCAGCAGGCUGAGGCAGGAGAAUUGCUUGAACCAGGGAGGCAGAAGUUGCAGUGAGCCAAGAUCACUCCAUUACACUCCAGCCUGGGCGACAAAAGCACAACUCCAUCUCAAAAAAAAAAAAAAAAAAAAAAAAGAUGUAUAGCAGUUCCCCCAACCUUGCUUCUCCUGCUGCCAUGUAGGACGUGCCUUGUUUCUCUUUAGCCUUCCCCCAUGAUUGCAAGUUUCCUCAGGCCUCCCCAGCCAUGUGGAACUUUGAGUCAAUUAAAUUUCUUUUGUUUAUAAAUUACCCAGUCUCAGGCAGUCUUUGUUUUUGUUUUUUUGUUUUUUUUUUGAUGGAGUCUUGCUGUCUCCCAGGCUGGAGUGCAGUGGCACGAUCUCGGCUCACUGCAAGCUCCGCCUCCUGGGUUCACGCCAUUCUCCUGCCUCAGCCUCCGGAGUAGCUGGGACUACAGGCUCCCACCACCACGCCCGGCUAAUUUUUUGUAUUUUUAGUAGAGACAGGGCUUCACCUGUUAGCCAGGAUGGUCUCGAUCUCCUGACCUCGUAAUCCUCCCGCCUUGGCCUCCCAAAGUGCUGGGAUCACAAGCGUGAGCCACUGUGCCCAGCCCUUAGGUAUUCUUUAUAGCUGUGUGAAAAUGGACUAAUACAGCAACAGAUCAGCCUUGCCCUGGGAAACCCACCUCUGCGAUCAUGGUAUUUCCCCUGCCAGGGAAGUAUAAGCAGGUUUUAUUAAGAUGCCAGGGCGACAGCGCCAGGUCAGAGCUGCGGCAGGAACGCCAGGCAGGGGGACUGAGUGUGCGGGAGGGGGGCGGGGCACAGGACAGCUGAGGGAGGGGUCAGGGUGGGUGCACGGUGACGGGGAGGGCAAAGGUGGUGUCAGUAUCUUCAUUUUGAGGAUUGGGGUUCAGAGCACUUCUGGGGUGUCAGCUCCUCCUUGCCCCCCGUGUGGCUCCGUAGGACUGGAAAGAGGACAUGAAGAGCUCUGAUGAAGAGCUCUGACAAAGAGCAGCAGAAACUCUGGAACUGUUUCCAGAGGGCCUGCACUUCAUGGACCAGGGCCACCACCUUCUCCUUCACCCAGGCCAGAACCCUGUGCCACCAGGUCUGCAGCCGCUGCAGCAUGGCCUGGAACCAUCUCAUGACCUCGUCACAAAAGCUCUCCCCAGGCUCCUCGGUUGCGGGAUCCUCAACAUCCAGGACAGGGGAUCUGUUGCCUCGGCACCGUAAUCCAUCCCUUUCUUUUUCAAGUAGAGGAGUGAGCUCCUGUGGAAUGGGAGCACCAUUCAGUGUCUGUAGGUGAGGGUGUCAGCCCCAGGCCCUGGCCACACCCCGGCCUGUCAGCCUUUUCCUGAGCCUGGGAGACGAGGCCCACAGGUGUUGGUUUCCUGGCUAUAAACAAAGUCUCUGCAGCACAGUGACACGUUCAUGAUGGCCAUGACGCCCACACUGGAAGGUUGUGGGUUUACCGGAAUGAGGGCAAGGAACACCUGGCCUACCCAGAAUGGAAAACCGCUUAAAGGCGUUCUUAAACCACAAACAAUAGCCUGAGCGAUCUGUGCCUUAAGGACAUGCUCCUGCUGCAGUUCACUAGCCAGACCCACCCCUUUAUUUCCACCCGUCCCUUCGCUUCACAUAAGGGAUACUUUUAGUUAAUGGAAUAUCUAUAGAAACAAUGCUAAUGACUGACUUGCUGUUAAUAAAUAUGUGGGUAAACCUCUGUUGGGGCUCUCAGCUCUGAAGGCUGUGAGACCCCUGAUUUCCCACUUCACACCUCUGUACUUCUGUGUGUGUGUCUUUAAUUCCUCUAGCGCCGCUGGGUUAGGGUCUCCCCGACCGAGGCUCGAAUCCAGGUCGAAGGGUCGCCGGAGCGAUGGUUGGAGAACGUGGAAGGAGCUGGAGGACACCCGAGUAUUCUUAAAGCAAUCCCCAUGGUGAGUAAGAAGGGGAGCUCGGAAGCAUCAGGGUAACAAUGGGAUUGGUUUGGGGUCUGGUUCCUUCCACCUUGGAACCUUUUCAAGCUAAUGAGGAGGGAGGAGAGUAUAACGAAGUAACAGAAGAGGUUACAGAGCAGGUUUAUUUGCCAGCUGAAGCUAAAGCGGCAAAGGAGGGAGACGUUCAUCCCUACCCUUCUGCACCCCCUACUUAUUAUUUUGAAGAAAAAGAGCGGCCUGACCCUCCAGAUCUUUCUUUUCCGGAGGAUACUGGGCGAAAAGUAGUUGCUCCAGUGACUGAGCAGCACCUCGAGCGACCUCUCUUAGUUCUAUUCAGGCAGGAACUCAGCAAGCUAGACGAGAGGGUGAUUUAGAGGCUUGGCAGUUCACUGUUAGGAUACACCCCCCAGAUCAACAGGGAAAUAUUAUAGCUACAUUUGAGCCUUUCCCUUUUAAAUUACUCAAAGAAUUUAAACAAGAUAUUCAUACUAAAAAAGAAUGUAGAAAAUAUCAAGGAGUCAGGCCACGAGAUAGGGGAAAAAAGAAAACUGCUGAGCCUGAAAUAUGUCCAAAAUGUAAAAAAGGAAAACAUUGGGCUAAUCAGUGUCACUCUAAGUUUGAUAAAGCUGGAAACCCGAUUUCGGGAAAUGCCAUGAGGUGCCCGUCCCGGGCCCGGUUCUAAAUCAGGGCAUUUCCAGCUCAGGCCUUUCCCUCACCCCCGUACAAUGUCUGUCCCCCGCCACAGCCGAUAGUGCCGCAGUAGAUUUAUGCUGCACGAAAGCCGUGAGCUUUCUGCCAGGGGAACACCCGCAAAAGGUCUCAACAGGAGUCUGUGGACCCUUGCCAGCGGGGCAAUAGGAUUACUUUUAGGAAGGUCUAAUUUAAGUUUAAAAGGGGUACAAAUACAUACAGGAGUCAUUGAUUCAGAUCACAAUGGGGAAAUUCAAAUUGUUAUAUCUACUUCUGUUCCCUGGAAAGCAGAGCCAGGAGAAUAUGUAUCACAGCUCCUGAUUGUGCCGUAUGUGGGAAUGGGGAAAAGUGGAACUAAACGAACAGGAGGAUUUGGAAGCACAAAUAAACAAGGCAAAGUGGCUUAUUGGGUAAAUCAAAUUGCUGAUAAACGUCCUACCUGUGAAAUAACUAUUCAGGGAAAGAAAUGUAAAGGUUUGGUAGAUACAGGAGCAGACAUUUCAAUCAUUUCUCUACAGCACUGGCCAUCCGCAUGGCCAAGUCAACCCGCUCAAUUUAACAUAGUUGGAGUUGGUAAAGCCCCUGAAGUAUAUCAAAGUAGUUAUAUUCUGCAUUGUGAGGGGCCCGAUGGACAACCUGGGAAUAUUCAACCAAUUAUAACUUCUGUGCCUGUAAAUUUAUGGAGAAGAGAUUUAUUACAACAAUGGGGAGCACAAGUUCUAAUUCCAGAACAAUUAUAUAGCCCUCAAAGUCAACAUAUCAUGCAUGAAAUGGGGUAUGUCCCUGGUACGGGACUAGAAAAAAAAUUUGCAAGGUUUGAAAAAACCGCUUCAAUUGGAAAGACAAAGUUCCCGCCAAGGUUUAGGAUAUCAUUUUUGAUGGCGGCCAUUGUUAAGCCUCCAGAACCUACACCUUUAAAACAGUUAACAGAAAAGCCAAUUUGGAUAGAAAAAUGGCCGCUAAGUAAAUAGAAACUGGAGGCUUUAGAGAAAUUAGUUACUGAACAAUUAGAAAAUGGGCACAUAGCGCCAACAUUUUCCCCUUGGAAUUCUCCAGUUUUCAUAAUUAAAAAAAAAAUCAGGUAAAUGGAGAAUGUUAACCGACUUAAGAGCCAUUAAUUCAGUUACACAACCUAUGGGAGCAUGACAGCCAGGACUGCCUUCUCCUGCUAUAAUUCCAAAAAAUUGGCCUUUAAUAGUCAUAGAUUUAAAAGACUGUUUCUUUACUAUCCCCUUAGCUAAGCAAGACUGUGAAUGGUUUGCAUUUACAAUUCCUGCAGUCAACAACCUGCAGCCUGCUAAGUGUUUUCAUUGUUUUACAGAUGGGUCUAGUAAUGGUAAAGCUUCUUAUUCUGGCUCAAAAAGUAGUUUUCCAGAUGCCUUAUAAAAAGCAAAGUUUGGGAUCUUCAGAGAAGGACUGUGUGGUAGAUAGAGCUCCCUCUCCCCUCUCCCCUCUCCCCUCUCCCCUCCCCCCUUUCCCCUCUCCCCUCUCCCCUCUUUCCACGGUCUCCCUCUGAUGCCGAGCCGAAGCUGGACUGUACUGCUGCCAUCUCAGCUCACUGCAACCUCCCUGCCCGAUUCUCCUGCCUCAGCCUGCCGAGUGCCUGCGAUUGCAGGCGUGCGCCGCCACGCCUGACUGGUUUUCGUAUUUUUUUGGUGGAGACGGGGUUUCGAUGUGUCGGCUGGGCUGGUCUCCAGCUCCUAACCGCGAGUGAUCCGCCAGCCUCGGCCUCCGGAGGUGCCGGGAUUGCAGACGGAGUCUCGUUAACUCAGUGCUCAAUGGCGCCCAGGCUGGAGUGCAGUGGCGUGAUCUCGGCUCGCUACAACCACCUCCCAGCCGCCUGCCUUGGCCUCCCUAAGUGCCGAGAUUGCAGCCUCUGCCUGGCAGCCACCCCGUCUGGGAAGUGAGGAGCGUCUCCGCCUGACUGCCCAUCGUCUGGGAUGUGAGGAGCCCCUCUGCCUGGCUGCCCAGUCUGGAAAGUGAGGAGCGUCUCUGCCCGGCCGCCAUCCCAUCUAGGAAGUGAGGAGCGCCUCUUCCCGGCCGCCAUCACAUCUGGGAAGUGAGGAGCGUCUCUGCCCGGCCGCCCAUCGUCUGAGAUGUGGGGAGCACCUCUGCCCUGCCGCCCCGUCCGGGAUGUGAGGAGUGUCUCUGCCCGGCCGCCCUGUCUGAGAAGUGAGGAGACCCUCUGCCUGGCAACCGCCCCGUCUGAGAAGUGAGGAGCCCCUCCGCCCGACAGCCACCCCGUCUGAGAAGUGAGGAGUGUCCUCCCUCCUCGUCUGGAAGGGAGGUGGGGGGGUCAGCCCCCCGCCCGGCCAGCCGCCCCGUCCGGGAGGCGAGGGGUGCCUCUGCCCGGCCGCCCCUACCGGGAAGUGAGGAGCCCCUCUGCCCGGCCAGCCGCCCCAUCCGGGAGGGAGGUGGGGGGGUCAGCCCCCCGCCCGGCCAGCCGCCCCGUCCGGGAGGGAGGUGGGGGGAUCAGCCCCCCGCCUGGCCAGCCGCCCCAUCCGGGAGGGAGGUGGGGGGAUCAGCCCCCCGCCUGGCCAGCCGCCCCGUCCGGGAGGGAGGUGGGGGGAUCAGCCCCCUGCCCGGCCAGCCGCCCUGUCCAGGAGGUGGGGGGGGGCGCCUCUGCCCGGCCGCCCCUACUGGGAAGUGAGGAGCCCCUCUGCCCGGCCAGCCGCUCUGUCUGGGAGGGAGGUGGGGGGGUCAGCCCCCGGCCCGGCCAGCUGCCCCGUCCGGGAGGGAGGUGGGGGGGUUAGCCCCCCGCCUGGCCAGCCGCCCCAUCCGGGAGGUGAGGGGCGCCUCUGCCCGGCCGCCCCUUCUGGGAAGUGAGGAGCCCCUCUGCCCGGCCAGCCGCCCCGUCCGGGAGGGAGGUGGGGGGGGUCAGCCCCCCGCCCGGCCAGCCGCCCCGUCCGGGAGGGAGGUGGGGGGUCAGCCCCCCGCCCGGCCAGCCGCCCCGUCCGGGAGGGAGGUGGGGGGGUCAGCCCCCCGCCCGGCCAGCCGCCCCGUCCUGGAGGGAGGUGGGGGGGUCAGCCCCCUGCCCGGCCAGCCGCCCUGUCCGGGAGGUGAGGGGCGCCUCUGCCCGGCCGCCCCUACCGGGAAGUGAGGAGCCCCUCUGCCCGGCCAGCCGCCCCCUCCGGGAGGGAGGUGGGGGGGUCAGCCCCCCGCCAGGCCAGCCGCCCCGUCGGGGAAGUGAGGGGCACCUCUGCCCGGCCGCCCCUACUGGGAAGUGAGGAGCCCCUCUGCCCGGCCAGCCGCCCUGUCCGGGAGGGAGGUGGGGGGUCAGCCCCCCGCCCGGCCAGCCGCCCCGUCCGGGAGGGAGGUAGGGGGGGUCAGCCCCCCGCCCGGCCAGCCGCCCCAUCCGGGAGGUGAGGGGCGCUUCUGCCCGGCCGCCCCUACUGGGAAGUGAGGAGCUCCUCUGCCCGGCCACCACCCCAUCUGGGAGGUGUACUCAACAGCUCACUGAGAACGGGCCAUGAAGACAAUGGCGGUUUUGUGGAAUAGAAAGGGGGGAAAGGUGGGGAAAAGAUUGAGAAAUCGGAUGGUUGCUGUGUCUGUGUAGAAAGAGGUAGACAUGGGAGACUUUUCAUUUUGUUCUGUACUAAGAAAAAUUCUUCUGCCUUGGGAUCCUGUUGAUCUGUGACCUUACCCCCAACCCUGUGCUCUCUGAAACAUGUGCUGUAUCCACUCAGGGUUGAAUGGAUUAAGGGCGGUGCAAGAUGUGCUUUGUUAAACAGAUGCUUGAAGGCGGCAUGCUCGUUAAGAGUCAUCACCACUCCUUAAUCUCAAGUACCCAGGGACACAAACACUGCGGAAGGCCGCAGGGUCCUCUGCCUAGGAAAACCAGAGAACUUUGUUCACUUGUUUAUCUGCUGACCUUCCCUCCACUAUUGUCCUGUGACCCUGCCAAAUCCCCCUCUGCGAGAAACACCCAAGAAUGAUCAAUAAAAAAGAAAAAAAAAAAGACUAAAUAAAAAAAAAAAAAGCAAAGUUUGUAGCUGUAAUUGAGGUAUUGACUGCUUUUGAUAGCCUAUUAAUGUGAUUUCUGAUUCUUCAUAUGUGGCUCAUUCCACACAGUUAAUUAAAAAUGCUCAGUUACUAUUUCAUACAGAUAAACAACUGAUGACAAAAACAAAAAAGGGGGAGAGAUAGGGAUUAUGGGACAGUCCAUACACAAUUGAAUCUAGCAUUAUUAACUUUAAAUUUUUUGAACCUGCCCAAAGGCCAGAUGUCAUCAGCAGCUGAACAGCAUCUCCAGAAACCAGCUGCAAAGACGGAAGCAGAACAACUGGUUUGGUGGAGAGAUCUGAUAACAAAAAGUUGGGAAACAGGUAAAAUAAUAACUUGGGGUAGAAGUUAUGCUUGUGUUUCUCCAGGCCAAAAUCAACAGCUGGUUUGGAUACCAUCAAGACACCUGAAAUCUUAUCAUGAGUCAGAUGCUGAGGAAGAGACUCCGGGAGGAUCCCGAGGACGCCCCAGUUGCAGCCAUGUUGAGACUGACACUGAGGAGGACCCCAACUGUCACGAGCAACACCUGUCGAACACAGCCACCCACCUGGGGACAGAUCAAGAAGCUGUCACAGAUGGCAGAAGAAAACCUGAGGAAAGCGGGACAACCAGUCACAAUGAGUAAUUUCAUGGUAGCUAUGAUAGCAGUUAUCACCAGUGCUGUGAGUAUUCCUUCAAUAAGGGCUGACACAGAGAACAAUUAUACUUAUUGGGCAUAUUUAUCAACCUUGGCUGGCAAUAAUGCCUAGAUGUAAUCACUCUAUGACACAGUUACACAUGCUUUCUGAUCUCAGUAUUUACCAUAAUCUGCUCCUAUAAUUGAGGCAUACCGCCCUUAAAAACCUAUUUGUAAACAAAAUUGAACCUGGCCAGAAAAAAUGAACGUACUUGUUUAGGAAGACUGCAUUGCAGAACAGGCAGAGGUGCUGUGCAGAGAUUCCUAUGGAAUAAUUAUUGACUGGUCCCCUAAGGGGAUGUUUAGCUUAAAUUGCACCUCUCAGUCUGCGUGCCACGGCCACACUAUGUGCAGCUGGUCUGAACAAAAUGGUCAGAUGGUAGAAACGAUAAGAAGUAUGGCAAAAGUUCCUGUUAUCUGGAACCAUGGUGGUAUAGUGGCACCUCAACCUCAAAUGAUAUGGCCUGCUCUAGGAGCUAAACAUUAAGGAUUUGUAGAAACCAUUAAUAGCUCUUAAUAAGAUCAAAAUUGGGGAAAGAAUAAAGCAUCUAGAAGGACACUCUACAAGCUUUUUGGAUACAGUAAAAUUAAAAGAAAAAAUAUUUAAAGCAUCCCAGGCACACCUGACCUUAAUACCAGCAACUGGAGUGCUUAAAGGAACUGCAGACAGAUUUGCAGCUAGUAACCCAUUAAAAUGGAUAAAAAUACUUGGAAGCUCUGUAAUUUCAAUGAUGUUUGUGCUUUUAAUCUGUGUUGUUUGUCUUUGUAUAGUCUGCAGAUGUGGAUCCUAACUCCUGCGAGAAGUAACUCACAGUGACAAAGCUACCUUUGCUUUUAUUGAGUUGCAAAUCAAAGAAGGGGGGACAUGUUGGGAACAGGCCCCCCAAGAUCUGGCCAUAAACUGGCCCCAAAACUGGCUAUAAACGAAAUCUCUGCAGCACUGUGACACGUUCAUGAUGGCCGUGACACCCACGCUGGAAGGUUGUGGGUUUACCGGAAUGAGGGCAAGGGACACCUGGCCCACCCAGGGCGGAAAACCGCUUAAAGGCGCUCUUAAACCACAAACAAUAGCCUGAGUGAUCUGUGCCUUAAAGACACACUCCUGCUGCAGGUAACUAACCAGACCCACCCCUUUACUUCGGCCCAUCCCUUCAUUUCCCAUAAUGGAUAGUUUUAGUUAAUCUAUUAUCUAUAGAAACAAUGCUAAUGACUGACGUACUAUUAAUAAAUCUGUGGGUAAACCUCUGUUCCGGGCUCUCAGCUCUGAAGGCUGUCAGACCCCUGAUUUCCCACUUCACACCUCUGUAUUUCUGUGUGUGUGUCUUUUAAUUCCUCUAGCGCCCCUGGUUUAGGAUCUCCCUGACCGAGCUGGUCUUGGCAAGCGGAGGUUGCCCCUGCACCAGGAAAGGGGGGCACAGGAAGGCCCUGCAAGUGCAGGUGCAGCCAACAGGAACAGCAGGACACCUUCCAGAGGUGACCCCAGCCGCCUCUGCCCAGCACCCCCCUGCCCCAAUCCUCCAUGAUCCCUGUCUCCAGUCACCCACUCAGCAUGGCUGUGCUGGACACUGGGCCACAGGGCUGAAGCGACCCAGAGAACACAUAGAGGAAGGGGCCACCUUACACACAGAUGGGGACCCUCCUCUGGGAAGGGAGCACUUUUUGCACAGAAGUUUGAGGGGAAGGAGCUGGGUGUGGUGGCUCACUCCUGUAAUCCUAGCACUUUGGGAGGCUCAGGUGGGAGUUUCACUUGAGCCCAGGAGCUCAAGACCAGCCUGGGCAACAUAAGGAGAACCCCCUUCUCUACAAAAAAAUUAAAAAAUAGCCAGGAAUGGUGGUGCACGCCUGUGGUCCCAGCUACUCAGGUUCCAAGCUGAGGCAGGGAGGCAGGAGGCUUGCUUGAGCUGGGGAGGUCGAGGCUGCAGUGACGCAUGACCAUGUCACUGAACUCCAGCCUGGACAACAGAACAAGGCCCCGUCUCAAAAAAAGAAAGAAAAGAAAAAGAAACUUGAACUUGAGGGUGCAGUGGGGCAGGGGCAGGAGCCUAUAAGGUGCGUGCCAUUCUCUGCUGGCAGCCCCAGCCCCGGCAGCAUACCCUUCUCCCAGCUCCAGUCUAUGGUCAGCAACCCUCACCCAUCUCCCCCAUCUGCUGGGGAUGUAGGUCCAUGUCCUUGACCCAAGACCCUCCCUCAUUCCUGCCCCCAUCCCUCCUCAAGCCAUAUCCCUUACAUCCCUUGAGUCCUCCAUCCCCCCUUCCCCAUCUCCCUGUCCACAGCCUCUGCCCCUCCUCUCCCUACCCUGUACCACCCCCACCCCAGGUCUUCCUCCAUCUCCUUGGGAACACAGAGCUCCUCUAGCAGGCACUCUCAGAACACAGCCUGCCGGCCCCAGCGCCAGGCCUGGCUCCCAGCCUCUUCCCACCACAGCAGCCUCUUCCCUCCGGAUUCAGCUCAGGCGCCAGGACCAGCAGGACCGAGACGCUUCCCACGUCAGCCCUGGCCAAAGCCCAGCUCCUUAUCCAUCGGUGAGCUGCCUGCCAGCUCCUGCUCCAGCUGCUGAGAGGCCUGAAGAAACCAAGACAGAGACAUAGCCCUGCAGCACCACAGGGAGGCCCCAAUUACCCCAUGCGGAUGAGUUUCAUGGCCAUCUCUAACUAAGGACAGGACAUCGAUGUCAUCUGUAACUUCCAGUGCACUGGGACACACAGCUGUAUCUCCCCAUGCUCUCCUCCUGCCCCUCCCGGUGUGAGGACUUAGCCUGGAUCACCUCCUCCAGGACAAGAACGACCUACCAGCAUCUAUCCAUCCAAUCUCCCCACCCAUCCAUCACUGCCUCUGUGCAUGCAUCCUUCCAACCAUUCAUACACGCCUCUGUGCAUGCAUCUGUCUGUCUGUCCCUGCCUCUGUGCCUGCAUCUGUCCAUCCAUCCCUGCCUCUGUGCCUGUAUCUGUCCAUCUAUCCCUGCCUAUGUGUAUGCAUCUGUCUGUCCAUCCAUCCCUGCCUCUAUGCCUGCAUCUGUCCCUCCGUCCAUCCCUGCCUCUGUGCAUGCAUCCUUCUGUACAUCCCUGCCUCUGUGCAUUCAUCUAUCCGUCUUCCAUCCCUGCCUCUGUGCAUGCAUCUACCCAUCCAUUCAUCCUUGCCUCUGCACAUGCAUCCGUCCAUACAUCCCUGCCUCUGUGCAUGCAUCUGUCCAUUCAUCCAUCCCUGCCCCUGUGCAUCCAUCUAUCCAUUCAUCCCUGCCUCUGUGUAGGCAUCUGUCUCCAUCCCUACCUGUUUGCAUUCAUCUGUCUCUCCAUUCCUGCCUCUGUGCAUGCAUCUGUCCAUCCAUCCAUCCCUGCCUCUAUGCAUGCAUCUGUCCAUCUAUCCAUCCCUCUCUCUGUGCAUGCCUCUGUCCAUCUAUCCAUCCCUGCCUCUGUGCAUGCAUCUGUCAUGCUAUCCAACCCUGCCUCUGUGCAUGCAUCUGUCAGUCUAUCCAUCCUCCAUCCCUUUCUUUGUAUCAGCUUAUCCGUACUGAGUGCUCACAACUCCUUCAUCCUAAGACGCUCAUUGGACCUAUUCCCUCCCCCGACUCCACGCCGCUCUCUGCCCUCCCUUCCUGGUCAAGUUCUCCAGCCAGUGGUCUCAACUCAAUCUUCACUUCCUCCGCUCCUCUCAUGCCUAAGCCCACUGCCGCCUAAAUUCUUCCGCAACCCACUGGGCCUACAGGCAAUAAAAAGGUCACCUUGUCCCUGGAGGACCAAACAUAGGCCCAUGUAACUUACUGGGCUUGUUUUUGCCCCAGCCGCGGCUGACCACCUCCUCGUUCACUCUUUUUCUUGAUCACCUUUGGGCUCAGUCUUUCCCCAUCUCUGUUGAGUUCUUCUCCCCUGCCACCUACUCCUUCAUGCUGGGGUUCUCUGUAGCUCUGUACCUGACAGUCACGUUCCACCCUUUCCUCCCAGAAGCUCGCCAACCCCCGUGGACUGCUGGCUCUCAAGGCGACCGCUAGCCCAGCUCCGACAGCAGCUGACAAUGCACAGUAUGCGGCCCGGGGCAGGCCCUGUGCUGAGAGGCAUGGGUGAAUCGCUCAUUUCAUCGGCAAGCCCACGCCACCAGCAGGCGCCGUUCUCCUCGCAUUUCUCAGUCCAGAUAGCGUUUCACCAUGUUGGCCGGGAUGGUCUCGACAUCCUGACUUCGUGAUCUGCCGGCCUCGGCCUCCCAAAGUGCUGGGAUUACAGACAUGAGCCACUGCACUCCGCCAGCAGUAGAAAUUUCUAAGCACCAAAGCAUUCAACAGGUGACCUGUCUAUUCUUGAAAGCAUACGGUUACAUGCACUCACAAAGAGAUGCUUUGGAAUUAGAACUUAUACUUAAAGGGAAGCAGAGCAUAAAAGAUGGAAAAUUUGCAGCCUGACCAUGUGGUAGAAAAGAAAACCCAUUUCCUGGGGAUUAAUUCAAGCUAGGCCUAGGGCCCCGCUACUCUGUGCAGCCUCGGGACGUGGCGCCCUGUGCCCCAGCCACUCCAGCUCCAGCUGUGGCUAAAGAAGGCCAAGGUACAGCUCAGGCCGUCGCUUCCGAAGGUGCAAGUCCCAAGCCUUGGCAGCUUCCACGUGGUGUUGGGCCUGCAGGUCUGCAGAAGACAAGAGCUGGGCUUUGGGGGCCUCCGCCUAGAUUUCAGGGGAUGGAUGGAAAUGCCUGGAUGACCACGCACAGGUCGCCAUGGAGAACGGCUACUGGGGCAAUGCAGAGAGGAAAUGUGGGCUUGGAGCCCCCACACAGACUCUCUACUGGGGCACUGCCUAGUGGAGCUGUGAGAAGAAGACCACUCUCCUCCAGACCCCAGAAUGGUAGAUCCACCAAGAGUUUGUACGCUGUGCCUGGAAAAGCCGCAGGCACUCAGCACCAGCCCAUGAAAGCAGCUGCGGGGGCUGCACCCUGCAGAGCCACAGGGGCGGAGCUGCCCGAGGCCCUGGGAACCCACCCCUUGCAUCAGCGAGCCCUGGACGUGAGACAUGGAGCCAAAGAGAUCACUUGGGAGCUUUAAGAUUUAACGACUGCCCUGGUGGAUUUGGGUCUUGCCUGAGGCCUGUAGCCCCCUUUUUUGGCCAAUUUCUCCAAUUUGGAAAGGGAACAUUUACCCAAUGCCUGUGCCCCCAAUGUGUCUUGGAAGUAACUAACUUGCUUUUGAAUUUACAGGCUUAUAGGCAGAAGGGACUUGCCUUGUCUCAGGUGAGACUUUGGAUUGGCCUUUUGGGUUGAUGUUGGAAUGAGUUUAGACUUUGGGGGACUGUUGGGAAGGCAUGAUUGAGUUUUGAAAUGUGAGAAGGACAUGAGGUUUGGGAGGGUCCAGGGGCAGAAUGAGAUGGUUUUCUCUGUGUCCUUACCCCAAUCAUCUCAAACUGUAAUCCCCACAUGUCGAGGGAGGGGCCGGGCUGGAGAUGAUUGCAUCAUGGGGGCGGUUUCCCCCAUGCACUUCUGGUGUAAGUGAGUGAGUUCUCACAAGAUCUGGUGGGUUAAAAGUGUUUGGCAGCCGGGCGCGGUGGCUCAUGCCUGUAAUCCCAGCACUUUGGGAGGCCGAGGUGGGCAGAUCACCUGAGGUCAGGAGUUCAAGACCAGCCUGGCCAACAUGGUGAAGCCCCAUCUGUACUAAAAAUACAAAAUUAGCCUGGUAUGGUGGCGCAUGCCUCUAACCCCAGCUACUCAGCAGGCUGAGGCAGGAGAAUCACUUGAACCAGAGAGACAGAGGUUGCAGUGAGCCGAGAUCACCCCAUUGCACUCCAGCCUGGGCGACGAGAGCGAAACUCCAUCUCAAAUAAAAAAAACACACAAACACGCAGACAAAAGUGUUUGGUAGUUCCCCCCACCCUGCUUCUCCUGCUGCCAUGUAGGACGUGCCUUGCUUCUCUUCCGCCUUCCCCCAUGACUGUAAGCUUCCUCAGGCUUCCCCAGCCAUGUGGAACUGUGAGUCAGUUAAACUUCUUUUCUUUAUACAUUA